UAACUCUAACUACAUAUCCUGACACCAUUCCUAACUCUAAAUACUGUCGAUGAGUGCAGCGCAGGGAGUUUGUAAGGCAUCCUGUAGCAUUUGCAACCUCUAGCGCGAACCAGACUGGGAGUAUCGAACAUAUGGUGAUUGCCGCAGAUUGAGUAUAGAUUCAGGAUCCCUAUCGUAGAGAUUUCCUGGGUGUGCUGAUGCGUGAGGAUCCUCUGUUCAAGUGCGUGGAGUUUCAAGCCCACGAUAUUGGCAAUAAAAUUAUUACAGCGUCAGAUCAAGAAAUCACUAAUUGCUUAGCUGCUGCGGCUAAGUGUUCCAGUUCAUCAUCGUUUACUUCAGUGUUUUGAACAAGCCUGGACGCCGCUUCUCCACUUUCCUGUGCAUACGCGAUAUUUGGUAUCAUUUCUGUAGAGAUACACGGUGAAGAAGUCUGCCCAAACAAACAUCGAGGCUGCUCAUUAAGUACACACUUCCAUUUUUAGCAGUUUUCCACCAAUGGUUGUAUUCAAGCAUAGAUACAUGUUAUUUGAGAUAUUUGUGAAUCUCGAUAGAGAAGGAAAAGGGGAGGAUGAGGUUACAUUCAGUGAACAUGGAAUUACUCUAGCCAUCAAGCAGAGCUUGGAAGUUAAUUUUGGGGAAUAUGGACUAGCAGCCUCUCUUAAUCGUCUGCAAGUUCAAUAUUUCAAUCCAAUUACAAAGUUGUGCGUUGUCAGAUGUUUGCGAAGGGAACACCAGAAAGUUUGGUGUGCAAUUACUUUAAUUACAAGCAUUGGACGCUGCUCUGCUUUCUUUAAUUUGUUGGACUUGAACGGGAGCAUAAGGGCAUCCAGGAAAUACGCUCUUAAAUAUGACAAAGCAAAAUUCGAACAGUAUAAGCUCAUGCAGGGAGAUAGACAAUCCGAGGAGACUCUUAAACUUGUAUAUAAUUGUUUUGAAAAACUUAAAAAUCUUGCCUAGACUAGAUUGAAACAUAUAUUAUAGUUUGUAUAGGAUAUUUUUCUAAUAUUAUGCCAUGUUUAGUAUCUGAUGCUUUCCAAGAGAUAUAUCUUCGAAAGGCACAAUCGCCUGGACACAUCUGGAGGAGGGGAGAAAUGUUUGGAUGUUCUGAUACUUUUGUAUGCAAAUAGCAUGUGAGCUUUGAAGAAUUGUUCUCUUACAUACGGCGAAGCAAAUUGGAACCAAUAACAUUAAACACAGGAAAUCAACUAUUUGGCAGCUUCCACCAUCUUGCAUAUACACUUGAAAAGUUUUACUGGAGCAGGCUUUUGAAUUGACAAGUUAUUUGAGUGGUAUAUAACUUGUUAUUUCAAAACAAAAGAUGAAAGGCCCCUUAAACCGUCAUUAAACUCCCAACUUAUAUUUGACCACUAAAUAAUGUGAUCUGCAAUUUUAUGGUCAAUGAAUAUUGCAACAUGUAUAUGCAUAGUUGUGACCU